AUGGUUUGGGCCGUCUCACUGGUGGUGACGUACCUUCGUAAUGCCUCGUCAAACGAUGUCAGUUGCUACCGGACGGAAGAACUAAGACCCAACCAAUAG